AUGAAGAGAGCGUUCGGAUGUGCCUGCCUAUUGCCCCUUGUCUGCCUCGCCACAGCUGUUCCCUUCGACCCGAGAUUCCCUCGGACGGGCAAGGAGUGGACGCCGGAGUCUCUUAUCAACCCUGAGGAGCUUGGAGAGUACUUCGAGGGGGACAUCCUACUACCUCUCCCUACCAUGGGCAAAAAUGGGCUUAUUGACGAGAAUUACCGCUGGCCAGAGGGAAAAGUGGCAUAUCAUUUCCACUCUGACUACACUGAGGACAACAAGAAGAGGGUGAGGGAGGCCAUGCGGAAGAUCGAGGAGCACACAGGGAAGUGCAUCACCUUUCACGAACGCACGCACGAACAAAACUUCAUCAUAUUCACCCAUGAUAACUUCGCGGGCUGCUUCAGUAUGGUGGGGAUGCAGGGGUGUCAGCAGCAAAUUAACUACCCUGACUGGUGCAUUGAAUACCUCGGCACUAUGAUGCACGAGAUGCUUCACGCCCUGGGCUUUUACCACGAGCAGUCCCGCUACGACCGUGACGACUACGUGACCAUUGUGUGGGAGAACAUUGCUAGCGGAAUGGGACACAAUUUCAAGAAGUACUCAAGCGAAGUAGUCACAGGGUUUGGCGAGGACUACGACUACAGCUCCGUGAUGCACUACGGUCCCUACGCCUUCACCACCAACGGCAUGAAGACCAUCGUGACCAAGGACCCCAACGCCCAGAUAGGACAGCGCGAGGACCUCAGUGAAGUGGACGUCAAGAAGCUGAUGAAGAUGUACAACUGCUGA